UUACUUUAUAUAAUAUCUAAUCUGCACUCAAAGUAUUUUUAGUAUAUAUUGAUAGAUAAUAAGAUAAGUCUUUUGUAACAAAAGCUUAUUGUUGACAUAAUUUAUAUAUUAAUACUAGUUGGGUUCAAAUGAAUUGGAAAAGCAGAAAUGACUUCAGCAAGUGAAAUUGAAGAUUGGUUUAAUGCAGUAUCUCUUUACGAUGAAGGAAAGGUAGAAAAUGCCAUAAAAAGCUUUGAAGCACUUGAGCAAAAUGGAAGAAUAAAAUUCAACAUUGGCUGUUCUUACUUAAAACUAAGAGAUGUACAAUCAGCAGCUAAGAGCUUUAAAGAAGCAAUUUCUUUUGAUCCCCUAAUGGCAAUAGCUUACUAUAUGAUAGGAUUAAUUAGCUGUCAGGAAAAAGAAUACGUUAGUGCAUUUGAGUAUUUUCAAAAAGCAAUUGAGUUAUUAAGAGGUAACCGAAUGAUAGACUAUCGCCAACUUGGAUUAAAUAUUCAGCUUUAUUUAUGCGAGAUACUGAGCAAUCAAGCUGCAACAUAUUAUUACCAAGAUAAUUAUCAAGAAGCUAAACAAAAGCUUCUUUUAGCAGUUGUUUGCAAAAUGGAAAAAAAACAUGAUUGCAUUGACGAUUUUCUCGCAAACAUUCAAGCUGGUAAAUCUAUUACAUUAUUCACGCCUCCUUCAAGCGCAAUUUAUAGACCAUCAAAAUUAUCUAUUAAUAACUACAAAAAAAAAGAUUACUUAGGAAAAGCAAAGGUGAUAGCCGCCGAAAACGAAGAAAGUCUUUACACGUGUUUUUCUGGAAAGGAGUUGCAGGCCACGCUGCCUAAGAAUGCUCAUGAGGAAGUCCAAGCUAAAGAGAACUUCAAAAGUGAACGCAAAGCCAUGUUAGAACAAAUUAGGCAGCCAGAGCGUAAAGCAACUUUAAGAAAACCAAAACCAGUUAAGCAACUACCAGUUCCAGUUGACCAAGAAUUAGAAAUACAAUCAAACCUCCAAACAAUUUUAAGUAAGCCAUUGUUCGAAAACGCGUCCACCGAAAAAAUGCAUACUGAAGAUAAAUCUUCUGAAAACAAAUUCACUGAAAACGGUUGCAAACCUCCAUGUGAAACAACAGCUAAACCUUUGUCUCCAGAACUAAAUUUCGAAGAACAUUCAAUCUCUUCAGAAAACGCAGCAACGCCUAAAGAAUAUUACAAACCUUCUAAUAUUCGCCCGCAGAAGCCAUUACCAAAGUUAACUAACGAUACAAAUAACAAUGACCAUAUCAUAGAACAUGAUGCUUCUGUAGAACUUGAUAAAAGUACAAGUCUAAUGAAUAAUAAUAUUUUUAAACACAACAACAACACUACGUUGGUUAAUGCAGAAUCACAAGAACUAUCCAAUAAUAAUACUCGACCAACAAAUAUUCGAAGCAACACAAUUUCAGAACCUUCUGCUAUUUACAAAUCGCUUCCAUUUAUAAACAACACUAACACAUUAAAUAUAAGGAGCAAUAGCAUCUCUGAAGUUUCUUCUGAAAAAAAGAGUAAAAAAUUGAAAAAUAAAUUACUGCAUACCAAAGCAAACAUAAAAGAAGUUUUAAAAUAUGAUUCAAAAAACUCAAAGCAAGAAAGUAACGCUCAGACAAAUUCGUUUGAAAUUGAAGUUCAAUAUGCAUUUGUGCAGAAAGUUUUUAUUAAUGAAAAUUCUUCAUAUGGCGAAAUAGAAAACUUGAUAAAAUCCAGGACUAUCCCGCAGAAAAUUGAACUAUGCUAUAACGAUGAACUGGGUCGACAGCAAAAGUUAAACGAAAAUACUAUGCAUGAGUAUUUUAAAAAUGAUCCUAGGAAGAAAAUAUUUUGUUUUUCGGCCUAAUAAAAAGAAUAUUUUAAAGAAUUUAUUCAUAAUUAAAGUUUUUAAGUUUGUAUGCUUUGUAAAAUAAAUAUAAAACUAUUAUGUAAAAUAAAAACAAUCAUUCUGCAUUUGUUUGUAUCAAAAUUGAUUAGCAUUUUUUCAGACUCACUCA